CCGCCGCCACGAAGCAGCAUUGUCGUUGCAACACGAAACUUCGCAAAGAUGUCCUCUGCUGUGAUGAAUGACAUACUCAGCCAUAAACACGCUGCGUACUUCAAUGCGGCAGUACGCGACAAGGAUGUGCCAGGAUAUAGCGACAUUGUUCUUCAGCCACAGCAUCUCAAGGCAAUCAGAAGCGCAAUCACAGCUGGAACACAUGCAAUCAAGGCUGCUUCAGCGGCCAUGGACGAUCCAUCAGAUCCCACGACUGGCACGAUCGAGCUCGAACGCACCGCAGAUGUCAUACCUCCCAAGGCAAUCGUGAAUGGAGCCCAGCUCGAGAAGGAGCUAUAUCGCAUGUUUGCCAAUGCAUACAUGUUCAAUCCUGGCGAAGAUGGAAUGGCAUUGUCGACGAAAGAAAUGUUUGAAGAUGUCGAGGCGAAGAUGAGCGAAUGGCGGGGAACAGAGCGUCUUGCUGGGGUGGAAGAAGAGGAGGAUGGCAAGGGAAAGCGUCGAAAGGUGUAGUGCACCUCGCGUUGACGCUUGUCAUCUGUCAUCGGAUACUUGUAGGCAUAAGAAACCUCCACUGGGCAGUAGAGGCUUGUCUAGAUAUGUUGCAACCAGUCACAUUUGUAGCAAAAAGAAACGUGCUCUGAUCACGAAGC